AUGCAACUUCAGAAUCAAAUGGGGAGCUUUCCGUACCUUCAGCAAGCACUACUGAUUGCAUGCCUCAGUCUUUUGGCCAUUUUUGUGGUCAAGCUCUACAAUGCUCGUGUCAGAUUCAUCGAAUUGAGAAAGAAAGGCCUGUCGAUGCCACCGCAUCAUCCAAUAUUUGGCCAUCUGCUCCUUGCCAACGACCUUCUAUCCAAACUCCCCCCAGGCGCACAUCCUUCGUAUUUGCCCGGGCUGAUACGACGAGCCAUCCCCGAUGUCGGUCAAGUCUUCUAUCUCGACAUGUGGCCUUUCAAUCGUCCUAUUCUCAUCGUAUCUUCACCAUCUGUAGCAUACCAGUUCACUCAGGAGCAUCCGCUACGCAAAUCACCAGAAGUUCACAGAUGGAUGAAGCCAUUCGCCAACAACCAAGACCUGGUGAGCUUGGAAGGCCACAGAUGGAAAAAAUGGCGUAAUGUGUAUAAUCCGGGCUUCAGUGCGAGCCAUCUUGUAUCCCUGAUGCCUCAGAUAGCAAAAGAAGUCUCAGUUUUCUGCGAUAUCUUGAAGGAGCGUGCGCAAUCAGGGGCUAUCAUCCCGCUCGAAGAAGCCACCGUGAACCUGACAAUGGAUACUAUCGGACGAAUUGUGUUGGGUAAAUCUUUUCACGCCCAAAGGUCGAGCAAUGAGUUCGUUUCCGCACUCCGUGCUCAGAUCCCGUGGAACCUAUAUGGGACCGAAAUGAACCCUUUGGUCCGAUGGAAUCCGUUUCGCCCUUUCUUCCAAUGGUAUUACGUUCAGCUUAUGGAUCGCUAUCUAAGCCGUCAACUUAGGGAACGCUUCGCGGCGCAUCGCAUUAAUGGCCCAGUAGGAGCUGAAGAUUGUGGAUUCCAGACUGUGAUGGAUCUUGCGCUGGACAAAUACCUUGAUCAACAGCAAGUGUCACCUGCUGUUCGUAGCAUGGACGCAGAAUUUGAAAGACUAGCUAUAAGUCAGAUGAAGGUGUUCAUCCUUGCUGGGCACGACACGACAAGUUCUACCCUUUGCUACAUUUUUCACUUACUAUCGUCCAAUCCCGUGGCCAUGCACCGUGUACGAGCAGAGCAUGAUGAAGUUUUUGGCUCUGAUAUCACACAAGCGAAAGCUAAGAUCACGGCAAAUCCACAUUCCCUCAACCGGCUAGAUUACACUCUCGCUGUCAUCAAGGAAACCCUGAGACUCUUUCCAGUGGCUUCCAGCACACGUGAUGGAGAGCCAGGGUUCUCAUUGACACAAGAAGGCCAUCAAUACCCAACUGAAGGCUUCACUAUCUGGUGUACGCAUCAAGCCAUGCAUCGUGAGCCAGAGUAUUGGCCAUGGCCGGAUUCUUUCGUUCCUGAACGAUGGCUCGUGUCAGAUGAUGAUCCUCUACAUCCAAUAAAAGGGGCGUGGCGACCUUUCGAGUUUGGACCACGUAACUGUAUUGGCCAGGAACUCGCAUUGCUAGAGCUGAAGCUUGUCAUGGUAAUGACAUUGCGAGAAUUUUACGUCACGGCCAGCUAUGAUGUGGAGAGUCAUGAUCAAGUAAAGAGCAAAUCAAAGACUGUGAAUGGAGAGAGGGCAUACCAAGCCUUGAAGGGCACUACACGUCCGGCCGAUGGCUUCCCUUGCCGAGUAAGAUUCGCGGCGCGAUGA